AAUUACAAUUAUAUAUCAUUUCUAACGUAAUCAAUAAAUGGAUCCUAGUUUCCAUUUAUUUUUUCAUUCGUUUUGUGCUUUAUUUUUCAGUAAACAAGUUCCCCACUCAGCACCGUCGAAUAGGAAGAAAAAGAAAGAAAGAAAUGUCUAUGUAACUCCUGCCCUUGGAAGCUGUUUCAUAAUUUAUGAGCGAAUAACAGGGUAGAGAAGAGCAUAAACAAAAUACUGUAGCAGAAUUGCACUGUUUGGGCACCUAUCCUGUGUCUUUGAAGGAAUUAGUUUUUAUUUUAUGUGCAAGAAGCAUGAUGUCUCUAACUGGGAACAUGAUUUUCUAUGAAUUUUCUUUCUAAUUGAUUAUAUUAUGCUGUUAUCUGUAGUCACAAUAUAGGCGAGUGUGCAACAUGAGACAAGAGUCAUUUCCAACCUGUUCCCGUGGAACCUAACACCAGGUAGUAAGCCUCUGAAGUUUCUUUGCCUGCUGAGCAUUGCCUUACAUACUGCAGAAAAAGAAAAGCCUUCGCUUUUAACCUGACUGGCUUUGAAGAAGUGGAUCAGGCAGUUUCAUGGCUUCUCAAGGUCAGACGGAUAAAGAUCUUCAGAGUUAUCUUCCUGGUACACCCCAUCAGUCCGAGAAAACAGAAUACUCUACAACAUGUAAAACAUCUCCUUCUGAAAGCCAAAUGACCAAGCCUCGCUUCUUGGUACCGCCUGGUCUUGAACAUUUAAGCAAGAUACAGCAACUUAUUAUUCAUCAGCAGACAGAGCUCUUGGGAGUUUUUCUUGGUACUGAGAAGAGCAAUAAGUAUGAAAUAAAGGACAACUUCGGACAAAGACUCUAUUUUGCCACGGAGGAAAAUGAAUACUUCAAUAAAAACUUCUGUGGGCCAGUUCGGCCAUUCACUAUGCGGAUUUCUAAUGGCAAAGGUCAGCAAGUGAUCACCAUCCUCCGGCCCUUGCGGUGCAUCCAUUGUUGUUUUCCCUUCUACUUGCAAGAGCUAGAAGUACAGACUCCUCCGGGUACAACCGCGGGCUUCAUUGUCCAGAAGUGGGAUCCACUGUUGCCAAAGUUCAUUAUUCAAAACGAGAGCAAAGAAGACGUAUUGAAAAUCAUUGGUCCUUACUUAACAUGCAGCUGUUUCGGGGAUGUCAUUUUUGAGGUCAAGACUCUAAAUGAAGAAUCCACCAUUGGAAAGAUUUGUAAAUACUGGUCUGGUUUUGUCAAUGAUGUUUUCACCAAUGCAGAUAACUUCGGGAUAGAGUUUCCAGUAGACCUUGAUGUAAAAAUGAAAGCAGCACUGAUCGGCACUUGUUUUCUUAUUGAUUUAAUGUACUUUGAACAAUCUUCAGAUGGAAUUUGAUGGUGACUGAACAAAAAGCAGGACUGAUCCAAGAAAGAAAUCUAUUGGUUUAGCUCCAUUUAAUUGUAUUUAAUUGGCUCCUAUUUUUCUCAUGCAAGACUGAGGCCCGAUGCACUUUAUUAUAGCAUUGCUAAGCACAUUUAUGGGCUAAUUGAUCAAAUAUCAAAUUAGGGAAUCCCUCUCAGCAGUUUUAUGUGUUCCCUAAUUAGCAAAAUAUCCCUGUUAGAAAAACUUUCCUGAAAAUGUAUAAAUAUAAGGCACCAUGGUCUUCCUGUUAAAAGGGCAGUGUUUUCACACAAUAAAGAUAAUAAUAUAUAGCAUAUAAUCCCACUUAGAUUUUUACAAUUAACAUUUUCAUUUUAUGCAAGAGAGUCUGUUUGCAUAAAACGGUGAAAGUCGAAAAUGUUAUGGUUUUGUUUUUUUCUUCUUUAGCUAUGGCUCCUCUUCUAUGGAAGUUCAUUACAUGCAUUUGCGGUAAAAACAAAGGAAUCUGUGAAACUUUCAAAGAGAGGAUGAGUGAAAUAAAUUCUGGUUAAAAAUAUGUUUAACUUAAAGGGAUUCUGUCAUGAUUUUUAUGGUGUUGUUUUU